CUUCCAGAGCUCAGCCAACAGCCGGGAGCAGUGACCGAGCCGCCGGAGCUGGGGAGAGACGCGCUGGGGCGGCGGACUGGGCCAGGAGACCAGGGACAGAGGGACGCUUGUCCAGGGAGAGCCAGCAACGAACCGCGGCCUGGGCGGCGACAGCUGCGGCCGGUGCCGAGCUGUUCCCGCGGCGCAGAACUCUAGCCGCUGCACCAGGACGUUUUUAAAAGCUCUCCAAGCUACUCCCCCUCCUCCCGACUCCUCCCGCUGCAAAAGGAAAAAAAAAGGAAGGAAGGAAAGAGGCUAGAAAGGAAACCCAGAUUUGCCACUACAACGAAAAAACAGGGGAAAAGAAAAAGUCGAGCGACUGUAGGGUUGGACGCAGGCAGCCGGAGCGUGGGCCAGCGAUGCGGGGCUGCGCGCCCAGGCGGCCGCGAAUGGUGACUGGAGCCACGAUGCGCGGCCAGGCGCGGUGAGGAGCCAGCCCGUCUCAUCUCCUCGAAGGAGUCCAGGCGCAGGGAGGGCGGUCCCGAGAACACGGAGGCCGCCAGGCAGGCCACCGGUCGAGAGGAGGGGAAAUCCCGGUGGCUGAAAGCCGGGCACACACACACCCGUCCUCAUAUCCCGACAAAAGCAGAUGCACUUUGACUUCUGACAGCUCUACCUCAAGCCCGAGAGAACUCAGCGGCGCUUUCCCUGCAACCCGAGCUCGCCGCGUCGUCUUCUUCCUUCUCGUCUCCGUCUUAUUUAUUUAUUUACGUCCCCGUCACUGUUCUCGGUGACCUUCACUCUUUCGCGGGCUCUGGGCAGAAGAGUCGCUUUCGCACCCGCCUGAGACUCUCUUCCUGGCCACAGGAGCUGCGGCGGCGCUUCUGUGCCCCGGGGCCCUGGGACUACCGGGCUGCACACCACUGAGGUGCCUCCCGGCCCCCAUUGGCCUCGUUUCCCCCUCUUUUGAUUUCCUGGUGCGGGUUUUGGCCUGCACCGCCGAGUGUGUCUCCUCUUUUUGGAGGGCCUGGAGAGUUCUUGCCAGUCGUCUUCGGGAGUCAUCUCGGCCCUACCUGCUCUUCUCUCUCCGGGCCUCACCCGACCAAACCAAAGACCAUGGUGCACUGUGCCGGCUGCAAAAGGCCCAUCCUGGACCGCUUCCUCUUGAACGUGCUGGACAGGGCCUGGCACGUCAAGUGCGUCCAGUGCUGUGAAUGUAAGUGCAACCUGACCGAGAAGUGCUUCUCCCGGGAUGGCAAGCUCUACUGCAAGAACGACUUCUUCCGGUGUUUCGGUACCAAAUGCGCGGGCUGCGCGCAGGGCAUCUCCCCUAGCGACCUGGUGCGGAGAGCACGCAGCAAAGUGUUUCACCUGAACUGCUUCACCUGCAUGAUGUGUAACAAGCAGCUCUCUACUGGAGAGGAGCUCUACAUCAUCGACGAGAACAAGUUCGUCUGCAAAGAGGAUUACCUAAGCAACAGCAGUGUCGCCAAAGAGAACAGCCUCCAUUCGGCCACCACGGGCAGUGACCCCAGUUUGUCUCCGGACUCCCAAGACCCAUCGCAGGACGACGCCAAGGACUCGGAGAGCGCCAAUGUAUCGGACAAGGAAGGGGGCAGCAACGAGAAUGACGACCAGAACCUGGGCGCCAAGCGGCGGGGGCCGCGCACCACCAUCAAAGCCAAGCAGCUGGAGACGCUGAAGGCCGCCUUCGCCGCGACGCCCAAGCCCACCCGCCAUAUCCGCGAGCAGCUGGCUCAGGAGACUGGCCUCAACAUGCGCGUCAUCCAGGUCUGGUUCCAGAACCGACGCUCCAAGGAACGGAGGAUGAAGCAGCUGAGCGCGCUGGGCGCCCGGCGCCACGCCUUCUUCCGCAGUCCUCGCCGGAUGCGGCCGCUUGUGGACCGCCUGGAGCCGGGCGAGCUCAUCCCCAACGGGCCCUUCUCCUUCUACGGAGAUUACCAGAGCGAGUACUACGGGCCUGGGGGCAACUACGACUUCUUCCCGCAAGGUCCCCCGUCCUCGCAGGCUCAGACGCCAGUGGACCUGCCCUUCGUGCCAUCGUCCGGACCGUCCGGGACGCCUCUGGGCGGCCUAGAGCACCCGCUGCCGGGCCACCACCCGUCGAGCGAGGCGCAGCGAUUCACCGACAUCCUGGCGCAUCCCCCGGGGGACUCCCCUAGCCCCGAGCCCAGCCUGCCCGGGCCUCUCCAUUCAAUGUCUGCUGAGGUCUUCGGGCCCAGUCCGCCCUUCUCGUCGCUGUCGGUCAACGGCGGGGCGAGCUAUGGGAACCAUCUGUCUCAUCCCCCCGAAAUGAACGAGGCGGCCGUGUGGUAGCGGAGUCUCGCACGGUCCGCGGAGUUCGUGGUUGUACAGAAAUGAACUUUUAUUUAAGAAAAAUAGAAAAAAGAAAAAAAACAAAAAGCAAGUCACUUCCCCACACCUUCCUCCAGCCUCGGGGACCAUUUUCCAUCUGGGGAGACCAGAUAGGAAAGGGGGACACGAAAUAGGAUCCAAAUCUGCCUGGAGGUAGGGCUGGGAUCCGCGCUGGCUGGCAAGGUGCAGGACCCGGGCUCCCGAAGGGAAAUGUAGACCUCUCCCCACUUCCCACCUGGACCCGGAUCCGUGGAGAGACGGCGCGAGCAUGCACUUCCGGCGGGCGGUGCAGAAACACCCACGGCGGCCGCAGGGGCGCACAGCCAGAGGUGACGCCAGGAGCCGCAGGGAGGGAGGUUGCAGCGGGGUGAGGGAGGUGAAGCGGCCCGGGGCGCUCCUGGGCCAGCCAGGAGAGUUCUGGCUCUGGGAAAUCU